AUGGCGGCCUCAUCCGCCGGCGAGCUCGUCGGGCUCCGCCUCAUCAUACAGCCGUCGCCGAGGAAACAACAGCUGCCGACGGUCCUGAGGAGGUCCGCGGUGAGGGUCCCAGCGGCGGCGACGGGCGCGUCCAGCAAGUGCCACGAGAACGGCAGGGUGUUUGUCGGGCUCGAGUUCUUGAAACGCUGCUUCUGCUGCCACAAGAACCUCGACGCCACCAUGGACGUCUUCGUGUACAAAGGAGAGCAAGCGUUUUGUAGCGCCGAGUGCCGGUGCCAGCACAUAGCGAAAGAGGAGCGGCGAGAGAUCGAAAUGCUCAUCAGGAAGCGCCGCGACGCGUUCCACCGGCGGCACGCUGCUGCGGCGCCUAAGUUGCAAGGAGCAAAUCGGCUCAUGAGACUGCAAACCGACGCACGAUGA